AAUGGUUGACUAGAAUUCUAUAUUUGGUUUGAGGUAAAAAAGUAACAGUCAGAACCGCACCCACUCGGAAUCGUACGGAAGACCGUUCCACAGAUGUUCCAGUUCAAAUACAAAGGCUAUAGGAGCUCAAAAGAGAAUGGAAGCAAAGGCCGGUCCAGAGAAGACGGUAGUAACUAACCAGUACGUGGCUAUUAAGAAUAGCAUAGAUGGUGCGCCAAAGGAAUCAGACUUCGAAUUGAAGGUUGAGAAUGUUUCUCUGUCAAUUGAACCCGGUUCGAAAGGUGUUGUGGUUAAGAACCUUUACGUAUCGAUCGAUCCGUACCAACUAAACCGGAUGAAGUCACAAAGCUCCUCGCAGCGGGCCAUUGAUUACUCAGCUUCUAUUGUUCCUGGUGAGAGCAUUGAUGCAUAUGGAGUGGGAAAAGUUAUGGUGUCUACCAGGGAUGACAUCAAGAAGGAUGACCUGGUUGCAGGGCUUCUUAGUUGGGGAGAAUACAGUUAUGUAAAAGAUGGCUCUCUGUUGAAUAAGUUGGAUCCGGUUAGCUUUCCAUUAUCCUACCAUGUUGGAAUUUUAGGGUUUAGUGGACUGACAGCCUAUGCGGGUUUUUUUGAUGUUUGCAAACCCCAGAAAGGGGAGAAGGUUUUUGUCUCUGCUGCCUCAGGAUCAGUUGGGAAUUUAGUUGGACAGUACGCUAAAUUAUUUGGAUGUUAUGUCGUUGGCUCUGCUGGCUCCCAACAAAAGGUGAAGAUACUGAGAGAGAGGCUUGGUUUUGAUGAUGCAUUUAACUACAAACAAGAACCUGAUCUCAAUUCAGCUCUAAAAAGGUGUUUCCCAGAUGGAAUAGACAUAUAUUUUGACAAUGUGGGAGGGAGCAUGUUGGAAGCUGCAGUUGCCAACAUGAACUCCCACGGGAGAGUUGCGGUCUGCGGUGUAAUCUCCGAGUACACGGACCCCGCAAAGCGUGGCGCACCCAACAUGCUAGACGUGGUUUAUAAGAGGAUCAAGAUCCAGGGGUUCCUUGCUGCUGAUUUCAUCAUGAUGAAAUCAUAUAUAGAUUUCCAUGCCAAGACUAGAGAGUAUCUCGAGAAUGGGAAGAUUGAGGUGCUUGAAGAUAUUUCCCACGGCAUUGAGAGCAUUCCCAUGGCUUUCAUCGGAACUUUUCAUGGGGACAAUGUUGGAAAAAAGAUUGUUCAGAUUGCACCUGACGGAAAGCGCAUUUUUAUCUUACAGAUGGCUGUAAAGUGCGUACGGUACAGUCGGACUUUUAGUUUGGAGAUCGCAAAUCGCUAGCUUCCAUCACAAUUCGCCAUUCAUUCUUGCUGCUGGUCCUUUGCUCGCCGCUGUACACAGAAUAUGACUUGCCACACGUAAUCCUCCGGCACGAAAGCAUCACAUCAAACUCCAGCUUACACAGGUUUGGUGAGUGAGUUUGGUCACUUGUUGGUCGCAGGUUAGGAGAAACCAACAUUAUACAUAGUUCUACAUAUAUGAGCAUACACAAAUGAAAUUAUAAGCAUAGUAGGCAUUUGGAAUGAGCUUUUUGAAUUUCUUCAAUGCUCAUUUCGUGAUUUAUGUAUGCUCAUUUUGGUAUUGGUGUAAUACUUAUUUUUAAAUGUCAUGUUCAUGUAUAUUUCAAAAGUAUAAUUUAUAUUAAAUUCACAUAUUGGAUUUA